AUGUCUUCAGCCAUCACCACCACUCUCCCCCUCCUCUACGAGGGACCUUUCGUCGCCGAGAUCAUCGGUGCUGAAGCCACGGCCACCACUUACGUCCUCAACUGUGACGAAAAGAUUAUUGAAGAUGGCGAGUGCGGUACCUUCAACAACACUGUCACCGUGGGCCCUUGGGGCAGCAAGACUCUUCCGCCUGGUGCGGCUUCCACUGGUUACCUUGACUACUACCUCACCAUGCCGGACCCAGAGGACCCCUUUGAGUUUUCCGUUCACUGCAAGAUGAGCCGGACUAUCGCUCAGGAGUGCACUACCACCAACCUUGGCGGCAACGAUGACGGAUCCCCCACUGCGACCUUCUCUGAUCUAGAAAAGAGUCAAAGCGACUUCGCCAUGUUGACCUACGCUACGGUCACCAUCACUGCCGGCCAGGAAUUCCUUGCUGCUACGCACUCUGCAGCUACCACCGGCGACGACGCCUCCAGCACCGCCAAGUCUGCUUCCGACGCAACCAGUGUCAAGGAGUCCGGCGCUGAGGCCACGGGUACCGAGACCCAGGGCACGCCCACUCCCAAGGCGACCUCUGGUGCCUCUUUGAACAUUGUUCGUGGGUUUGUUGCCAUGGCUGUGGCUGGAGUUGCAACUCUCCUUGUCUCUUCCUAA